CCCCGCCUCUGUCUGGCGUCGGGCGCUGCUGCGAGCGACAUGGACGGCGGGGAGGAGCAGGGGAUGUUGCCGCCGAGCCCUCCGGAGGGGCGCCGGUUGGAGGAGGAGGAGGCGGCGGAGAAGCGGGGCGAGACGAGCGUUGAGCCCCAGCCGGCUGCCGGAUAUUGCCCCGUGAUGGAGGCGCUGACUUGGAAGAGGCCGUUGCGCACCCUGGCUGGCUUCCUAUGCGCCAAUCUGCUCUUCUGGUUCCUAGCGCUAACUCCUUGGAAAUUUUACCACCUGAUUUCACUCAUACUACUUGGAAUCGUCUUUAUGCAAAUGAUGAAGGAAUUAGUGCUGUCUAGACUAAAAGGUGGGAAGUUAUGGCGACGUCUGACUGAAUACUACCAAGUCAGUGCAUCCGAAUCCGAAAAUCGCCUUAGGGUGAACCAAUGUAUAGAAGAAGCAAUGAUAAGUUUCUUCUUGUUCCUCCAAGAAAUGUCUCAUUUUAAAGAACAAAAUCCUGGCAAGUUUUGCCUCCUGGUGUGUAGCAUAUGCACAUUCUUCACAGUCUUGGGAAGUUACAUUCCUGGAGUUGUACUCUCCUAUCUUCUAUUAUUAUGUGCGUUUUUAUGUCCGUUCUUCAAGUGCAAUGAAUUUGGGCAAAAGGUAUAUAGCCACAUUAAGUCAUAUCUUCUGAAACUGAACUUUGGAAUACAAGACUUUAUCAACCAAAAGUUAAAAGAGAGAGCAGAAAUGAUCAAAACGAAACCAAGUGAGGAUGACAGUGAACUGGAUUUAUCAGCUUUAUGUCCUAAGGUUAGCUCAGCCACUGCAGCCAAGGAGCUGUCUGUAUCGGACACUGAUAUCUCGGAGAUAUCUUGGACUGACAAUGGAACUUUUAAUUUAUCUGAGGGAAACACUCCACAGACAGACACAUCUGAUGUGGAUUUCGAUCGGCCAAGCGAUCACGAGGAAGCUUUCGCAAAGGAUCUGGCAGAAUUCCCAUCUGUGGAAAACGGUACCGAGACAAACGAUGAUGAUUCGAGCAUUGGUUUACCAGUGCGGCAUAAAAGAAAAAAAGCUCACCCACCAAGCUCAUUGGACCAGUAUUACAAGCAGGAUAAGGAAGGGCUCUCUGCAGCAGGCCUUCCCUUGUCUUUGGUCAAUGACCAGGCCUUCAGCUUGGUGACAGCAAUUGCCGGCGAUGUCGUGACAUCGGUGGUAUCAGCAGCCGUCAGGGAACAGUUGCAAUCUGUGCCGGAAAUCCCAAGCGAAGAGGCAGAGGCAGAAGAAGGAGAUGAUUUUGAACUGCUCGAUCAGUCGGAGCUCGAACACAUGGAGAGUGAACUACCAAUGCCUACCAAAAGCCCAAAGGCAGAGCCACAGGAAAAAAAGAAGUCUUCGGGCUUCCUCUCAAAUCUGCUCGGUGGGCAUUAACGCGGAAAGGGAAGCUGCUUAAUAUAGUAUAUUGAUAUAAAAACAAGACAAUGUGAAACGCAAGGGAGAGGAAUUGACGAGCUGUUAAGCUUUACCUAUUAAUUCUAGAUGUGCUGUAACAUUCUUCAUGCAGAGUGAACUAACGUGUUCUUAGAUCAGUUGAUGCUGGUUAGCUUUGUUUUCUGAUAGUUGAUGCCAUAGAAAUGAAAUCACGAUAUUUUCAUUCACAGCAAUUUAAGAGGCUUCUUAUACAAAUGUAGCUCAGUUUUGGCUAUCUCCAAAUCUUUGUCACUUUCAGCCUGUUACCCCCACCCCCACCCCCAAGCAUUUUGGCAUCAAUAUUUCAGGGAGAGAAAAUAUCUGCAAAAUUCAAAAAGCCAUUGUACCCUAACUUAACAAGGCUUCGAACACUUUUGCUGCCAUCAUCUUUAACACACCAAGUCACACAUUCUCUAAUUGAAUAGUAAUUUUUUUUAUAUUACCUGUCUGAAUCUCAGGUAUUCAUAUGGGUUAGCUAGAGAAGCAAAUGUCUUUUCAAACUGUAUUCUUAAGAGGCCUUGGAGUUGGGCAAAAUAUCCAUAUCCUAUAUACUGUAACACACUUUGUACAACUACUUGUAGCAUAUGUAUCUGCUGUGUGGAAUUGAAUUUAGGUUGAGUAGGAACUGAUUAGGAAAAAAAAUUCAAAUCUGAAAUUAAGUUGGCAAUUUUUUUUUUAAUUUUCAGUUCCAUUAGUUUAAAGUGGUUUAACCUUAUAUAUUUAAAAUAUAAAAUCAUACAGAUCUGAUUGAUUUAUUUCUGGAAGACUAGUGUUAUGUAAGAAAUAAAAUAUUCCUGGCAUAUAAAAUGCUGCUAAUUUUAGCACAUUGAACAUCCUGUGGUCUACUUUGAGAAGAAACUUGGUGAAUCUUCUAUUAAGCAUUAUGUUUUACCUUUAAAAUUGCGUGACCCGUCAAAACCGCGCUCGACAAAAC